UUGCACAGUGAAAUAAGUUAAGUAUUUACAUUGUUAUCCUUUAUGACUUUAAAAUGACUUUCUGCAUGUUAAAAAAUUAAUCAAAAAUAUAAAGAAAGGAAUUAUCAAAGCUGAGAUUUAAAUUUAUGUUUUUAAAGUAAUAAGACAUGGACUCAUUUUUCCCUACUAAACACUGAGUUUCAAUUCUGAUGGAUAACUAUUUUGUCACUUGUUAAUGCAUGUUUUAUUGUUGUCUGUGCAGAAUAAGAGCACUACAAUUGUAUUUUAAAUCAUGUCAUGGGUUGACAUCCACUCUUAUUUUUAUCUACAGACCUGCAGAAUUAAGGGUUUAGCUAUGCUGAAUAAGACAUCAAUUAAAGAAUUCAUUCUUCUGGGACUUACGGAUGACCCAGAGGUACAGGCUGUGAUAUUCUUCUUUAUGUUGUUCAUGUACUUACUGAGUGUAGGUGGAAACCUGACCAUCAUCCUGUUAACACUAUCAAAUGUUUGUUUCAAGACUCCCAUGUAUUUCUUCCUUAGGAAUUUCUCUUUCUUAGAAAUUUCAUUCACAACAGUCUGUAUUCCUAGAUUUCUGAUCAGCAUUGCUACGGGAGACACAACCAUUUCCUACAAUGCUUGCAUGACACAGAUAUUUUUUUUAAUCCUCCUGGGGGCUACAGAGUUUUUCCUUCUGGCUGUAAUGUCCUAUGACCGCUAUGUGGCUAUCUGCAAACCUCUACAUUACAUAACUGUCAUGAGUGACAGAGUCUGCAACCGGCUUGUAAUCAGCUCCUGGCUAGCUGGUUUCCUCGUUAUCUUCCCCCCAGUGAUUAUGGGACUCCAACUGGAUUUCUGUGACUGUAACAUUAUUGACCACUUCACUUGUGACUCUUCUCCUGUGCUGCUGAUUGCUUGCACAGACACAAAUUUUCUAGAGUUUAUGGCAUUUCUCUUAGCAGUAUUCACACUCAUGGUAACUUUGGCCUUGGUGAUUCUCUCUUACACACUCAUCCUGAGAACAAUUAUGAAGAUCCCCUCAGCCCAGCAAAGGAAAAAGGCUUUUUCUACUUGUUCCUCCCACAUGAUUGUGGUUUCCAUUUCUUAUGGCAGUUGCAUUUUCAUGUAUGUAAAGACAUCUGCACAGGAAGGUGUGGCUUUGAGCAAAGGUGUGGCGGUACUUAACACCUCUGUGGCUCCCAUGCUGAAUCCCUUUAUUUACACCUUAAGAAACCAGCAGGUGAAACAAGCCCUUAAAGAAUUCACCAAAGGAAUGUUCCCAAAGAAGUAUUAA